AUCAUUGAGGACAACAGCAGAAUCAUGGUCGCUCUCUGUUUAUUGCUCACCUUGGUGUUUCUGAACUCCAUUCUGCUGAUAUCUGCAGAUGAUUACUGUAAGAGGUCUAUUGACAUAGCAACUGCGUGUGAGCACUCUGUCCUUGAUCUGUCCUGUCCAGAUCAUACUAGGAUCAAGAUCCUUGCAGCAAACUAUGGACGUACAGAAAGAAGAAUCUGCAGCUACAGACGUCCAUAUGGGCAGCUCCGAGACACCCACUGCUAUUCACCAAACUCUGUCCUCAUUGUGGCAAGAAGCUGUAACUGGAGAAAGCGCUGCUCUGUACCAGCCACCAACAGUGUGUUCUCUGAUCCUUGUGUCGGCACAUACAAGUACCUGAGAGUCAAAUACUGCUGCAGGCGUCGUAGGGGCUGAUCUUGUGGAUUUGGAUCUGUCAACAUCUCAACAUUGGCUGGACCAAAAAGAAACCUUUGAGGCUUCACAAAGAUUAAUGAUGGGUUUUAUUUCAAUAAUUCCCAAAAACAUGUUUCAGUGUAAACAUGACUACAUUGACAUUACUGUAGGUUAUAAUGGCUUCCAUAAGGAUUUCUUUUUCCUAGCUAAUCCUGCUGUCCUUAUGUAUUGUGUUGGGAGUUUACAUUUCAAUAAACGCCCUUCAGAACGUAA